AGAAUCUUCAGCCUUGUCACAACCUUGAAGUAAACACAUCAACACUCCUUGUCAGCACCCAACACCAUGGCUGACCGUCGUCCAGAAGAACAAGAGAUGUCUCGCGCAAAGCGUCCGAGGACUGAUGAUCCUUCCCAGAACCCCUACCUGGCGCAUAUGUACGAAGCUCAAAAUGAAUCUGAUUACAACGGCUACGGCACAUCAAAUGGCAAUGGCACCAAAGCUCGCACUGGACUCUCAGAUUUCAAGCGCCAUGCUACUACGGCUUUACAGGCGCACAAGGCGGAGGACGGUCCAAACAACCCUUUCAACAACACACCACUCUCGAAGCAAUACUUCAAUAUAUUAAAGACUAGACGCGAUCUUCCGGUCCACAAGCAAAGGUCAGUCACUUGAAUGUCCGCCCCUCGUAUCUCUAUUGACCUUUUCGUAGACAGGAAUUCCUUGAUAUGUUUCACAAGAGCCAGAUUCUUGUCUUCGUUGGUGAAACCGGUUCUGGUAAAACUACACAAAUCCCCCAGUUCGUCCUCUUCGAUGAUCUCCCUCACUUCAAUGGAAAGCUGGUGGCAUGUACACAACCUCGGCGAGUGGCUGCAAUGUCCGUUGCGCAGCGUGUGGCCAACGAAAUGGAUGUCAAACUGGGGGACGAGGUCGGAUACAGCAUUCGAUUCGAAGACGUAUCUGGGCCAAAGACGAUCCUCAAAUACAUGACCGAUGGUAUGCUUCUACGAGAGGCUAUGCAUGAUCACAACUUGACAAGGUAUAGCUGCAUCAUCCUUGAUGAAGCUCACGAACGUACCCUCGCAACGGAUUUAUUAAUGGGAUUGCUCAAAGAGGUCGCAAUGAGACGUCCCGAUCUUAAGAUCGUCAUCAUGUCAGCCACUCUUGAUGCACAGAAGUUCCAGCGGUAUUUCAACGACGCGCCUCUCUUGGCUGUUCCAGGACGAACACAUCCGGUUGAGAUCUUUUAUACACCCGAGCCCGAACGGGAUUAUGUCGAAGCUGCACUGCGAACAGUCCUCCAGAUUCACGCCACAGAGCCCGAAGGAGAUAUAUUACUGUUCCUGACUGGAGAGGAGGAGAUUGAAGAUGCAUGCAGGAAGAUCAGCUUAGAAGCAGAUGAGAUGAUCAGAGAAGCUGAUGCAGGACCAUUGAAAGUUUACCCACUCUAUGGCACUUUGCCUCCACAACAGCAGCAGCGGAUUUUCGAGCCUGCACCAUCACCAGCCCGAUCUGGAGGUCGCCCCGGACGAAAAGUCAUUGUUAGUACAAACAUUGCCGAAACCAGUUUGACCAUUGAUGGUAUCGUUUAUGUUGUUGAUCCUGGCUUCAGUAAGCAGAAGGUUUACAACCCUCGCAUCCGAGUCGAGUCUUUGCUCGUAUCUCCCAUUUCGAAAGCUUCUGCCCAACAACGAGCUGGUCGUGCAGGUCGUACACGCCCUGGGAAGUGUUUCCGAUUGUACACGGAGGCUGCCUUCAAGAAAGAGCUCAUAGAGCAAACGUAUCCGGAAAUUCUUCGAUCCAACCUGGCAAACACUGUAUUGGAGCUCAAGAAGCUGGGUAUCGAUGAUUUGGUGCAUUUUGACCUUAUGGACCCUCCGGCUCCCGAGACCCUCAUGCGAGCCCUCGAGGAACUAAACUAUCUCGCCUGUCUCGAUGAUGAUGGAGACCUCACUGCUCUCGGCAAACUUGCUUCGGAAUUCCCGCUAGAUCCAUCCCUUGCUGUUAUGCUUAUCUCCUCGCCCGAGUUCUAUUGCUCCAACGAAAUCCUCUCCCUCACUGCCCUGCUUUCAGUUCCGCAAAUAUUCGUCCGACCUGCCAGCGCAAGAAAACGUGCCGAUGAAAUGAAGGCUCUCUUCGCACAUCCAGAUGGCGAUCACCUAACGAUGCUCAACGUCUACCACGCAUUCAAGGGCCCAGAGGCGCAAGCAGAUCCCAAACGAUGGUGUCACGAGCAUUUCAUCAGUCUGCGAGCACUCCAGUCUGCGGACGACGUACGCCAGCAAUUGAAGCGGAUCAUGGAGAAAGCUGAGUUGGAUCUGGUCAGCACCGACUUCAAUGACAAGGACUACUACACCAACAUCCGGCGUGCAUUGGUUGCAGGCUUCUUCAUGCAGGUCGCAAAGAAAGAAGGGUCAGGAAAGACAUACAAAACUGUCAAAGAUGAUCAGAGCGUUUUGCUGCACCCAAGUACCGUUCUUGGCGUCGAUAGUGAGUGGGUUGUCUACAACGAGUUUGUGCUCACGACGAAAAACUAUGUCCGCACGGUGACCUCUGUUAGACCGGAGUGGUUGUUGGUGAGUCCCCUGUUUGAAGCUCAGCUUGUUUACUUCCGCCUCUGAACAUUUGCUGACUCGCUGAUAGGAUAUCGCACCUACUUACUACGAUCUCGAAACCUUCCAAAAGGGAGAGGUGAAGAUUGCAUUGCAGCGAACUUUGGACAAGAUCAAGAGAAAACAGGCCAUGAAAGGAGGGCGAUGAACUUGCUGUGUCCCCCCCCCCCCCUCCUCUUUUUUUUCGUUACCCCCCGCGCAUAGGGAGUUUCAAAUCUGGGGCAGAUGGUUUAGACAUUGUUUUAUGCGGAGUUCCUAGAGGUUUGGAUGGCCGGCCAAAGGAUAGAGAUCCAAUCUGUGGAAGAAAUCUGUUGCAUGGAGAGCGUGGAGUAAUUGACUAGCCUCCGAAUUCGCAGGCUGCGUCAAUCAACAUAAAGCAAUAGCAUAAAGCAUCCGACAUCUUCC